AUGACGGCGGCAACAACAACAACAGCAGGAGCAACAUCUGAAAUAUUUUCAAAAAACACACGUGUUCAUUUUACGCAGAAGAAGAUCAUGGGAGGUAAUGAUGUCGGCAAGAAACGAUCACGGGCCUAUUACAAGAAAUGCAUGCACAAGAAACGUAAAAAAUGGAACUCAAUGGAUGUUGGAAUGCAAGGCUUUUUGGUAACAUGUAACAACAAUGAGAGCCAGGCUGUAAAGGAAAUGUACAAUCUAUUUAACGAAUACGCUGAUAAACUUUAUGGACCAGAACAGUGUCAUGGUUUAAAGAAGAAAACACUACAAGAUAAUGAGGGGAAACUUGAAAAUACUGCAGAAGAUGAUGAUGAUGACGACGACGAUGGUGAUGAUGAAGAAGAAGAAGACAUUGAAAAGGCACUGAAAAAAGAGGUGAAUGCAUUGAAACAGACUGUUCCUGCAGAACGCCGAUUCCAACAGUUAGACAGUGGUGCCAAAAACUGUCUUUUUAUUAAGACCACUCUAUCCAACCCAUGUGAACUGAUCCAUGCCAUCUUGAAAGAUAUAUAUGAGACGCAGGUGCAGAAAUCACGUUUCGCUCUUCGUGUGAUCCCAAUCCAAACAAUUUGCCGGGCUAAUUUGACAGACAUUAAUAAUUCGGCUGAGGAUCUUUUUGAGCCUUUCUUCAGAACCACUUAUGGUACUAUGCUGACUUAUGGCAUUUCAUUCAAAGCAAGAAUGACCAGCAAAGUAUCUAGGGAUGAAGUCAUUGAUUCUCUCUGUCAAAUCAUAGGAGAAAUGAAUCCCUUGAACAAGGUAAAUUACAGUAAUCCAGAUUUGAUCGUCCUAGUCGAAGUGCUGCGGGGAUUUUGUUGCCUCAGUGUGGUAAAAGAUUUCAAUAAAUUCCGCAAAUAUAAUUUGCAAGAAACUGCUCGGGCUCAGCAGACUGAAUCACGGCUGGCUGCAAGCAGCAGCAAGACAGAUCCGCUGGACAAUAAUAAACCUUCUACUCCAACAACAAACUCUACUUCCACAGCUGUAGUGGACGCUGCUUCAACAGAAAAAGAAGGAACUGCUGCCACAACUGCAGCAGAAACUACUUCCACAGUUGCAGUGGACACUACAGCAGUGGAGGAAAUGGCUUCUAGUGUCUGA